AUGAAGUACGUUCUCGUGUCCGGUGGUGUCAUUUCAGGCAUCGGCAAAGGGGUUAUUGCCUCCUCGACUGGCCUGCUCCUCAAGACUAUUGGCAUGAAAGUUACCUCGAUCAAGAUUGAUCCGUACAUGAACGUGGAUGCGGGCACUAUGGCUCCCACAGAACACGGCGAAUGCUUCGUUCUCGAUGAUGGCGGCGAGGUUGACCUCGACUUGGGCAACUACGAGCGAUAUCUCAGUAUCACUCUGAGGAAAGAGAACAGUAUCACAACUGGCAAAAUGUACCAGCACGUCAUUGAACGUGAGAGGAAAGGCGACUACCUCGGCAAGACUGUCCAGAUUGUUCCCCAUUUGACAAAUGCCAUCCAGGACUGGAUCGAGCGCGUCGCUCACACAUGUGUUGACGAUACUGGGGAGGCCCCCGAUGUCUGCAUCAUCGAGCUGGGAGGUACGGUUGGUGACAUCGAGAGCGCUCCCUUCAUUGAGGCUAUGCGCCAGCUGCGCCGCCGAGCUGGACGGGACAAUUUUUGUCAGAUUCAUGUCUCGCUUAUUCCCGUGGUUGGCGGCGAGCAAAAGACCAAACCCACCCAACAGGCCAUUCGAGACGCUCGAUCCGCUGGUCUCUUCCCCGACCUGAUUGCUUGCCGCUGUCAAGUGCCGCUUGAGGAAGCCACAACCUCCAAGAUCGCCAUGUUCUGUCAAGUCGAGCAGGAACAAGUGAUUGCGGUCCAUGAUGUCAAUUCUACUUACCACGUGCCGCUACUACUUGAGAAGCAGGGCCUAGUUGGACAACUUAGAUCCUUUUUCAACCUCGGCGAUAAUUACAAAAUCAGCCCGACUCUUGUUACUAAAGGCCAGUCCACAUGGCAAGAGUGGAAGAACCUCACCGUUUCGCAAGACCGGUUCCUCGAAUCCGAAAAAGUCACCAUAGCCCUGGUUGGCAAAUACACCAAUCUACACGACUCGUACAUCUCUGUUAUCAAGUCCCUCGAACAUUCCGCCAUGGCCUGCCAACGCAAGCUAAAUCUGGUUUGGGUAGAUGCCUCCAACCUUGAGAAGCAGAUGAUGGAGACCUCGCCUGAGCAGUACCACAAAGCGUGGCAUGAGCUCUGCACCGCCGAUGGAGUCCUUGUGCCAGGUGGGUUUGGCCAACGCGGUACCGAGGGCAUGAUUGCAGCCGCGAACUGGGCGCGCACAAAGCCCAAGCCGUACCUGGGUAUCUGCCUAGGCAUGCAGCUUGCAGUGGUCGAGUACGCGCGCAACGUUGUUGGUCUCAAGGGUGCCAACUCGGUCGAGCUGGACGCACAGACGGACGAUCCCAUCGUCAUUUUCAUGCCGGAGAUCGACAAGGCGACAAUGGGCGGCAACAUGCGGCUCGGCUUGCGGCCAACCAUAUUUCAAGAGGGCUCUGAAUGGUCUCGCCUCAGGCAAUUGUACGAUAAUGCGCCAGAAGUCCACGAGCGACACCGCCACCGAUAUGAGGUCAACCCGGAGUACAUCGAUAAGCUGACGGCCGCGGGACUGAACUUCAUCGGCAAAGACGACAAGGGCGAGCGAAUGGAGAUCGUGGAACUGAAAGACCACCCGUGGUACGUGGGUGUGCAGUUCCACCCGGAGUUCAUGAGUCGCGUGCUCAAGCCCAGCGUCCCGUAUCUUGGCUUCGUGGCGGCGUGUGCAGGCGUUCUGGAUGAGGCGACGAUGGGCAUGCGUGGUGUAGCGGGACUGCAGUUGAACGCCGACAGUGGCCGCUCCAGCCCGAUGCCGAACGGCGGCGUUCUGUUGAAUGGGGUGCGGUCCGGAAGAGCAGGCUCGAAUGGCAGUUUCUAG